AUGUUCAAGAGUGCGCUUGUGAUCGCCCUUGUGGCGCUGGCCUGCGUGGCACACGCUGCCGACGAUGAUGUCCUCACCCUGACGUCCGACAACUUUGACUCCACCAUCGAGCAGAAUGACUUUGUCGUUGUCGAGUUCUUCGCCCCCUGGUGCGGUCACUGCAAGAAGCUCGCCCCAGAGUACGCCAAGGCUGCCACCAUUCUGAAGGAGGACGGCAUUGUGCUUGGCGCCGUUGAUGCGACCGUGGAGAGCGACCUGGCGUCCCGAUUUGGUGUGCGCGGCUACCCCACCCUCAAGCUCUUCAAGCACGGCGAGGCCACCGAGUACAAGGGCGGCCGCACCGUCGACACCAUUGUCAGCUACGUACGCAAGGCCACCGGCCCUCCCGCCGUUGAGCUCGCCGACGUCGACGCCGUCAACUCCUUCAAGGAGUCUGGCAAGGUUGUUGUCGUGGGUUACUUUGACAAGCUUGACGGCCACGAGUACAAGGCCUUCAUCGACGCCGCCAAGGCUGACGAGGACAUCUCCUACGGUGUGACCACCAACGCCGACGCCGCCAGCGAUGCCGGUGUCACCGCCCCCGCCGUCGUCCUCUACAAGAAGUUUGACGAGGGCAAGAACGUCUUCGAUGCCGAGUGGUCUCGCUUCAACAUUGCCGACUUUGUCACCGCCAACAAGCUGCCGUCCGUCAUCCCCUUCACCAUGGACGUGGCCGGCGAGAUCUUCCAGUCCAAGAUUGGCAAGAUUGCCUUCCUCUUCACCGACGAGGAGAACGAGGCAUACAGCGAGAUUGCCAAGGAGUACAAGGGCAAGUUUGUCUUUGCCACCUCCGACUCCUCCCAGACCCGCCUUACCUCCUACCUCGGCGUGGAGAAGAGCGACUUCCCAACCUUCUACAUCCUGGAGACGGGUGCGCAGAUGAAGAAGUUCCCCAUCCCCGAGGGCGGCGCAGACGCCGAUGCCAUCCGCGCCCACAUUGAGGAGUACCUCGCCGGUAACCUGAAGCCCCACUUCAAGUCGGAGCCCGUCCCCGAGCCCAACGACGGCCCCGUUACCGUUAUCGUCGGAAAGAACUUUGACGAGAUUGUCAUGGACGAGUCCAAGGACGUGAGUUCUCGCCCAUAGUUUGCGUUUGUCAUGCGUGCGUGCGUGUGUGUGCGUGCGCACGUUGUACGUCUGUUUGUGCAAUGAGUAUGUUUUGGCCUUGCCUUUUUCAAGCAUCCGUCACUCACAACAUGGUAUUCAACAUGUCCUUUUCAUCUCCCUCGCCGGACAGGUCCUGCUUGAGGUGUAUGCACCAUGGUGCGGCCACUGCAAGAAGCUCGAGCCCACCUACAACCAACUGGGCGAGAAGUUUGCUGACAAGAAGAACAUUGUCAUUGCCAAGAUGGACGGUACCGCCAACGAGGUUGAUGGCCUUUCUGUGCGUGGGUUCCCCACCCUUCGCUUCUACCCGGCCGGCUCCAAGACUGUCUCCGGCAAGGAGUACACGGUGCGUCCAACCUCUGUGUGUGUGUGAAUGGUUGCGUUUAUGUGCGUACGUGUGUGUGAUUGUGUGUGUCCGUCUUGUGUUGAUGUGUGUGUGUGUGUGUUCAUUUGUGUUCUUUGUGUUCUUUGCAUUCCACCGCCAACUGUCAUGUUCUCUCACACCCAUCCAACACCCACCCCACCCCCUCAAUCCAAUCCACGUUUUGCCUCACUCUCUUGUGCAGGGCGGUCGCGAGCUUGCUGACUUUGAGCAGUACCUCAACGCAAACGCCAAGAGCGUUGAGGCUGAGGGCCACGACGAGCUCUAAGCAACAAAAGCCACCAACCAGUGACGCACAACCCACCACCUCAAACCACACCCACAUUCAGAUCCAAGCCUCUUAUCAAAGCGUCCUUGCUUGACAUACCCACGCACCACACCACACUUGUCAAAACACAUGAUCCAUCCCUCUUUUCCCCUCGCUGGUGCUUGUGUGUGUUUCGGUU